GAACUUUUAGGCCAAAAGGGUCCGCCUAUCACGGACCACGGCGCUAAGCUACACGUCCAAUGCAGCUGCCUGGCUGUUGCGCGAGAAACACGACCUCAUCGGACGAAUUGCUUGCCUAUCGUUCCUUUCCUUGCCCAUGGCGCUGCUCUGGCCGACGUGAGAGAGACAAUGAAUUGUUCCCCUCCCAACUUUCCCCAUCUUCACGUGCUGUCUGCCAAAGAUGCGCCUCUCCGCCGGGCUGCUCUGCAUCGUCACACAGGCCUGGACGGUGAAUGCCAACGUCGAGAAGACGAUAUUCCUUGGUCCCAGCCCUGUGACUCUCUCCAAUGUCCGCCCCGGGCUAGAUGACCUCGGCCUGCACUACCUGUCGCCCUCCUCCACCAUCCUCCCGAUCCGUGUCCCUGUCCAGUUUCCCACCGAGUCGGUGCCCCGCGGUCUCGAGUCCUGGUACCUGCUUCGCGGCCUGCAAGACGGGAGGAGGUACGAGGUGCGCAUCUGCUGGCCGGCGACCCAACCCACCGACUUCUGGCUCGACACCUACUCAACCACCCACGUGUUUGAUACACCCGAAUUGAUAGCCUCGUUAUCACAGUAUAGCUCAGUAACUCGACGUGACCCAGUGGACGACGACCGAACCACCAAGGGAGCGCCGUCUGCAGCCCCAGAGUCGGUACUAUUCUUGCGCCUCCAGGCUGCAGCGUCCUACUACUCGACCAAUCGCACAUUGAUGGACUACCCGCCUCCAGUUGAUGCGGACAUCAUACUCGAUCCCUUUAUAUUGAACGUCUUCCCGCAAUCACUUGGCCCAAUCGCGAUAUACAUCACCGCAGUCGCUGUAGGAGCCUGGUUUCUCUCCGGCUACAUCUACCGCUGGCUACUGUCCGUCGCUGCCGAGUCACCCAGUAAACCGCAUACCGAUUGAUCAGCAACAAUGUCUACAGCGCUUCCUCCGCCUCCGCCUCCACCGCCGCCCCCACCGCGCAAGCCAUUCUCCGGCGAUGAGACUUGCGACGACCUGUUCAAUCUCCUUCCGGCCGAACUGCUCCUCAUGAUAAUCAGGUAUGCGGGUGUCGGUAAUAUCAUGAACCUUGCUCUAGCCAUCUAUCCUACUCUGCAGCGGCAUAGAAUCGCCCCAGAGCUUACUGAGGACACCUACAUAAACAUAGUACGUAUGGGGAGCGUGAGUGCACGCUAUAGAACGCCAUUCCUACCGCAAGGUCUUGAUCGGAUGCCUCUGGAGUUGUGGUUACAAGUGGCUCGAGAUCUGGAACCAAUGAACAUCUUGUCCAUGAUGAUGGCCCUCGGCGCAUAUCCGCGAGGGUCGCUUACUCCGGAGACGGCACAGAGGAU